UGAAAUACGUAUACCCAUUUCUUCGCCAAUCCACAAUAGUGGGUAUGAGCCACAUGUUCGCUGGACAACAACGAUAACCGCAAACAAUGAGUGGGGAAUGGUACGCCGUGACUGAGACGCUCGAGGAAGUCUACCACAUCUAUGUGGCGUAUCUAUCCUACGGUGUGUUGAAGGACACGUACUACGCCGUCAAGCCGAAGCACCACCAAAGCUACGUGGUGCUGUACACCACGACCUUCCUUUUUAACCUCAUUUUUUUGGGGCGGAACAUACUGAGCCAGGUGGUGCCCCGAAAGCUGAUCUACCUGUCGGACAUGCUACUUCACGUGUGCCACCUCUUCUCGGACGUAGUGCUCGUGGUGGCCCUGCUGCGCUGCUCGCCCGAGUCACUCGCGGUGGCGACGGACCGGACGCUGUGGGGAGGAAGAUGUCACGUGGGCUCCAUGGCCAUGGCUCUCGUGAGCAUCGUCUACCAACUGACCACCCUCGCGUAUGCAAUGCUUCGUUCGAGCUCAGGUACCGUGCCGCUACCAUCGGGGCUACAAAGCGGUGUACAUCACCGGCCAGCGCUUCGGCGGCAUUGUGCGAGAACUACAGCGAUGACUGACUCAACAGGACGCAGCCGUAGAUGAACAUCGUGUCGAGAGGCGUCACACACUCUUAAAUUCUGCCUUUCGGGAGUACCCCACUUCCUGAGGCUUUUCCUUCUUCUUUUCAUUGGCGCUAUUUAA